AUGGUAGGACAAGAAGAAUGGCUAGAUCAAACCACGUAUUACUCGGUUUUGGGAUUAACUACCGAUGCUUCAGAAGCAGAGAUAAAGAAGGCCUACCGGAAAAUAGCAAUAGCUAUACACCCUGACAAGAACAAAUCAAGUGGUGCAGCCGAGAUGUUCAAACUGGUUUCCCACGCUCAAUCGGUGCUGGCCGACAAGCAGAAACGACAAGAUUACAAUCGGAAACUGAUUUCAAAGGGGCUUCACACAUAUGUACCGAAAGCUUGCAGACUGUCCUCAAUGGUUUCAGCGGUAGCAGGGAAAAUUAGUACGAGUGAUCGCGAUUUUCGAACACCUACAUCUUCGCCUCAGAAGCCUAUGCCUCGAACGAAUUCCGCAAGAACACCUCACGAAAGUGUUGAUAAACCCGCUAGCUUCAGCCAUUUUUCACCUCAAACCUCAUUUUCGCGUCAAAGUAAACCGUACGAACAACAACCGUACGGAUUCGGGGUUGAAAAUGAAGGUGGAAAGACAAAUCCAGAUGCCAUGAGAUCUUCUCCCGCCAAAACCAGGAAUGGAAAGGACAGCACAUUCAAGGCUAAGAGCUACCAGCACCAGCGUCCAGAGCCUGAACGGAAUAAGGGAUCGAAAGUGAGGGGUUCAACUCACAACUCCAGUUUCCCAGCCACUACGCAAGGUCUGAAGAGCGAUGCCCGACCCGCACAAGAUUUACCAGAUUCUAUGGCUAAUGAGGGAAAAAGAACAAAGCUGAGCACUGAUAACAACCGCGGGAACAUUUCGUGCUCUUCUCCCUUUUCAAAUCAGCACGAACGGCAUUAUGCUAGGACCACGCGUCACGAAAGAGAGCAACAAAGAAGAUCCACAUCGCCCGUAAAAAACCAGCCCAAUACAGGUGCAAACACUUUACAAGACAUCAAAAACCUCUUGAAAAAAUUCAACGACGUUAAGGUCAAGCACGAUCCCGAAGAUAUCAUAACUCGCGAGGAGACUGAGCAGCCAACAGAGGCAAAAGCCAAAGCAGAGGUUCCGCCUGUGAGUAAGGUAUUUGAAAAGGGAACGACACAUUCACAACUGAACGACGACGCGAGCCGACAGCGAGAAGUGAAUCCGCUCAAGCGGCCAGGAGAUACCAAAGCUACUCCAAAUGCAUUGGAUUUCACUAGAGGCUCCGAUUUGAGGCUGCGUGAAUUAGAGACGGUGCUUCCCAAUGACGAGGAGCUGUUUGACAUGCAACAAGUGAGCGAAAUGCUUGACGGGGUACGGGUAAAGAGACUCAAAACAGAGCGGAACGCUUCACAGGACCACAGCUACACUCGAACUCAAAGGCAGAAUUCUGAAAGUGUUCACGCUCACGGACCAAUUUAUGAGGGCCUCUCUCGGCCCGUGAACGAAUCGCUGCCGCGAAUAUACAAAGUGGAGCAUCUUUCUGUUCAUGAGCUAGGAAUGGACAUGGCUAUCCCUAACCUGGUCUUACCCAUGGAGCCGAUCUUGCAUGAGACCCACGUCAUAACUAAUCAGGACCUAGUACGGAUGACGGAAUUGGUACGAGUUUUCCACAGCCAAGCCAACAAUCUUAAGCGUAGACUUUUGGAUGUACUCUCAACACGAGCCACAGCAGAUGAUCUUUUCAAGGAUCGGCUCACUCGCGUCGAGAACAAGGUGAUACUUCUACAGGCCAAGUCGUACGAUGUCAAAGUAACAGAAAAAUUACAAGAAUUACAAAACCGGCAGCAAGUGGUAGCAGAAAAGUUCAGUACACUCAUGGAUUCAUUUUAUCAUGUUGGACACCGAUGA